AACGGCGCUUUGAACCGCUGCGGCUCAGACGGCGCAUCUGCGACGGGAAACUACCACGAAAACCUUCAACGCCAUAGCUUUUCCCAACCACGACGACACCACGAAAUUUGAGGGUUUUGCUUCUGCAGCCUUCUGGAUUUUGAUUCUACCGCUAUCUUUUCGGACAUUCGCUAUUAUUCCACGUAUAUCCAUUCGGUCGGGAGCUGUCGAAGCUGCUGGACAGAGGCGGAAGAGACCGAUCUCGCGAGUCACAAAGUGCUGGAAGCCUGGAAGCCUGGAAACCCGAACCACUCCACGAGUCCACGCGUACGACUUGCCCGGACAAAAUGCGCGCAAGAAUGCGGAGGCACUGAGGAAUAUGGAGAUAUACCAUGACUUACUGGUGAAGAAGAGGAGACGGUGGAGCGGGAAUGGACGGAGUCGUAUGGAGAGAUGCGACUCGACGCUACGCGGCUUGUCGUUCAAGAGGAGGAUGCCUCUACGAUGGCACUUCAUGCUGGUGAUAGCAUUAUCGAUCCUCUCGACAGCGAUCCCGCGCACCAACGCUGCCUUCCUCGCCUUCGAGAACUGCCUCCCGCCAGGGAUGAUCAGCAGUGGAGACCCCAAACCACUUCAAUUCGUUCCCCAUUUCUUCUCCGCAACUUUCAACGCCACCAACGACGAGAACUCCCUCGACCUGACCGUGUAUGGGAACGUCACCGGCCAAGCAUACGUUGGGGAGCUGCCUCCGCCGACGGACCCCGCGUGGAAGGAUCCGGGCAGCCCGGCGGGGAAGAUCCUCAACGUCUCGGAAACGAACAACUACUAUUCCACCAUCUUUUCCGAGGCGAAGGUGUUGACCUUUACGCCUUGGGUGUCCCACCCGGCACCGUUUUGCGAUUAUGUUCGGGACGAGGCAUGCCCUAUUGCUCCUGCGUUCUUCCAGAACGGAUCAAAUCCCCACGAACUCCCGUCGUUCUCGGUCUCCCAUAAAUUCUUCUCGACGUACGCAUUUUCGACCUUUAGCACUCGAAUUUGGGUUCAGUCGGGUGAUCUGGGCGCUCCGUCUUUGGCUUGUGUCACCGCCAAUGUUACACCUUCACUGGGACGAACGAUCUCUGAUACGCUCACAUAUGUACCGGCAGCGAUUCUAGUACUCAUGGCCAUUUCGACGGUGACGGCAGCAUGCUUUAGUCCAUGGAGCUCGCCCGACCCGUUUCAUUGGACCAGCAACUACGGACGAGACGGCGAUGUGCUGAGGCUGGUUACUCCGGGCUUUGGCGAUUGUCUACAGUACAUCCAGUUCAUCGUGCUUGCAGGCAGCUUAACCCUGAACUAUCCUGGGUUCUUCCAGCCGGUGAUCAGCAAGGCUUCGUGGUCGGCGUUGGUUUUCAAUCGGAGCUUCGCAAGCAAUGGCCCGGGGGCGCAGAGUUUAGUAGACGAUGUGUAUGUGGUGAACGCAACGUUCGGCCUCUCUGCUUUGGGACAGGUCGUCGGCGUCAGCGAAGAUGAGGACAUCUGGACGAGCAUGGCCAUCUGGUUUGCCGUGAUUCUUGGAGCGGUGAUCCUCCUUUGCCAACUGGGAUUCUUGAUCCGGUCGCUCCAUGCCCGGUGGAGGGGCUCGCAGGAUGUCGAUCGGCAGAGCAAGAACCUCCCGUUCACCCUGGGGAACAUGGUCCGAGUGGUGUUCAAUUUCUUCUUCCUCCCGAUUGUCUCCCUUACGCUUUUCCAGCUCGUCGUUGCACCACAUUCUCAAGCUGCAGUCACCGCCAUGGCCGUGGUCCUUCUGGUCCUUGUUGUUAUAUCUGCGAUCUGGAUUUUCCGCCUCAUCUUCGCGACCCGGCCGCGCGUUCAGCUUUUUGACCAUCUCCCUACGCUGCUACUUUAUGGACCAUUGUACAACACCUACUCCGACGAAGCCGCUCCUUUUGCAUUCAUCCCGGUCGUUCUCAACAGCAUUCGGGGCAUUGCAAUUGGCGCGAUCCAACCCUCUGGUAUCGCCCAAAUUGUCGUCCUUGCUAUAUGCGAGGUCAUAUUCCUCUUGACAUUGCAUGCUUUUCGUCCCUUCCAAUCUCCGACUUCCAUGACGGCCUACCAUACCUUCUUCUCCGUCUUCCGACUUUCUGCUAUCCUCCUAAGCGUCGCAUUCGUUCCAACUCUCGACGUUUCGGAAGGGGUGAAGGGAUGGAUUGGCUAUGUAAUCCUCCUCCUACAUGCCAUCGUGCUUGCCUUCGGGUUCUUCCUCAAUGCUCUGCAGACUCUUAUCGAAGUAUUUGCCCGCCUCCUUGGAGCAGGACGCGACGAGCGUGGUGGCCUUUCCAAGGUCUUCGGUAUGCGGCAGCUUUCUAAGCGCCAUCGUAAGCAAGUGCGUCGCUCCGAGCAGUCCGAUGCAGCGAUGUUAGCUUCAGAACACGAACCGAAAUCUGCGAUGGACGCUCGCUCUCGUAGCCUCUCUGCUAGCUCUGGCGUCCUCUUGCAGCAGCAUCUCACUGUUGAUCGAUCCAGUCAAGGCGAUAUUACUCCCGGUGGGGCGCAGAGCCCCUUCAACUUCAUCGCGGGCAGCUCAGCACCAUCCGUGGCGGCAGUGGCUGGAGCCCGGCGACCGACUGUAAGCAGCGGUGGGAAGCCAUCGGGUGAACACGUUGAUCCGUAUUAUCGCCCUCCGCGAGCCCGUCGCCCUACACUUGAAAUUAGCCCCGUGGCGGGCUCAUCGAAGUCGCCUCAAACGCCCACUCAGCGCGAGUCAGGAACAUCUGCGGACGGUUCCAUCCGUCAGCAAGAUGAAUUCUCACUUGCAAUGGCUCGCGACGACUCAUCCACGGGUGAUCUACACUCUUCCACCUCCAUAUCCUUCUCACCAAGUGGCCCAGGGGGAAAUACACUAGGACGUCGAAAUUCGAUAGUAUCCCAAGGAUACAUGCAGGAGCCGAGUAUCGCAGGCGAUCAGCGUCGUACUACCGAUUAUGCGAUCCGCGAGGCGGACUUCUACUAUGGCGUACAGCGUGGCCCGGCCUUGUCAUCUACGCCAACCCGAAGAUUGAAGACCGGUCCGGCUGAUCCGACCAGUCCGGCUAGCAGUGCGGCCGGCUGGUUCAGGGGACUCGUUGGGAUGGGUGGUACUAGCGGAGGACAAACAUGGCCAUGGAGCAAACCUAAGCACAAAGGCUUCGAGGUUGUACGGAGUAAACCUGCUGCUAUCGCGAUGAUGAACCUGGACGAGGAGGAUGAGGCGCAGGUGCGCUAUCGGGAUGAUCCGGAUCUGGAAGCUGGGACUCCAACCCAACGAAGGAGGACAAUGACGCUUGAUAGCACGGACGAAGCGCCGAGAGGCGGGGAUGAGCUGGAUGCCACGGCCGGCGCAGCGAGAAGCAUGCACUCUUAUUCCGAUUACGACUCUCCGCGUGUCUCUAGGGACGAUGAUGCGUUUAAUGCGAGCAUGCCACCGCGUCCUUACCAAGGCGCGAACUCUUCGCAACCUCCUAUUCUCGCCCCAAUCAGUUCCGGCUCUUCAUUACAUAUGCCUAGUCGAGCACCCAGUAAGACCAGCGCAGCUGCGCAGCCAUACGGUGUCCGCUCCAGCUCCCCGCCGCCUCCAAUGCCCGUCUUCUCAUCCAGCGUCAUCGGUGCGCAAUCCGGACCUACCGUGCCUCGCCGCUCAUCCCGGCAUCCGGGAUCCGCUGACUCCGGUCGAACACACCCGACCCUCUCGCCGUACCAGGACAGCUCGAUUUAUUCGCAACCCAUGCCCCCCGCCCACGCUCAAGCUCCCUUACAAUCCUUCCAUGCCGAUAACCUCGAUCCACGCGCCAAGACCGAAGACCCUGAUCGCGAUCGGUACAAUGUGUCAGCCUACAGUAACUUCAGCGGAACGAAGACGCCGAGUGAAUACUACCGCCGUUCCGUCGAAACCGCCCCAUCCGACGACGACCCGCGCGCGAAGACGGACGUCCCGAACCGGAACGACAUCUCCGCAUUCUCCUUUAACAAAACUCCCGUCGAGCACUACCUCCGGCCGGGCCAGACCACGCGCAUGCCGUUUUCCGGCAACAGUGAGGAAACCAGCAUUCUGAGCACGAGCAUUAGCCCGGUAUCCGAUCGGAGUGGGCUAGAGGGGAUGGGCGGGAUACCGGGAUCUGGAAAGCAGGGCGAGGUGCCGGCAGAAGGGAGUGGUGAGCGACCGAUGAGCACCGGCACGGUGGCGCAUCGAGUGGGAGAGGGGAUGCGGACGUCGCAGAGCAACAUCCAAGGCGAGCAGGCGGAGGUGAUCAGGAGGUGAGCGUUGGAGAACCAGACGCUGUCUUGCGUAUUGGACGCAUAGACGGUCGGAUGGCAAGGCACAUGAAGCGAGCGCCCUGGACAUCCGUUGAUGAUUGGAAACGGUAGCGAUUGGAAAUGGUAGCGACGGCGAAA